AUGGUUAGAUAAGUGAAAGCGUAAAUUCAAUAUGUCAAUGGAUUAUUCACAACGGUACCAUUGAAAGUUUUGUAGAAAGAUAUUUCUGUUAAAGAUUAAUAAUGACGACAUCGGAGGAGGACAGUGAAGGUUUAUCUCAUAUUACAUUAGUAAAAAUCUAUGCCGCUGUGAUAAUUGUAAUUCUUAGUUUAGCUUUUGGAUUUCUUCCUCUCAUACUUUCUAAAAGGCUUGAUUUUACAGCCGUGGAAACUUCAGAUCCAGAGAUAUUAAAGAAACAUAAGAAAAAAUUUAAGAAUGUUCUUCUCUCCUUUUUAUUAAACCUUGGCGGAGGUGUUCUCCUGGCAAACUGUUUCUGUCAUUGGUUACCAGAGGUCAGAGAGGAGAUAGAACUUGCACAGUUUGAAACAACAUUGCCUGUUGCUGAACUAAUAAUGUGUUCAGGAUUCUUCUUUAUAUGCUUUCUUGAGGAGUUAUUACAUCAUUUUCUGCACCCUCAUAAAGGGAAAGCUGCGUCAACGAGAAAAUCUUACAACACUAGAGCUAGUGAUUCUGAAACUAACUUCAGAUACAGGAAAAAUAUUAGUGAACAUGAAAUGAAAAGUUCAGGAGAACAAACAGAUAAUCCUGAAGAGGAGAGUGAAGAAGAUUAUGAAGAAGAUGAAAAGGAAGAGAAGAAGGGAGCACAGAUAAAAUCAGCAAUUAGAACAUUUUUCAUCAUUUCAGCUCUGUCAUUUCAUAGUACUGUAGAAGGCCUGGCUUUAAGUUUGGAAGGAGAAGCCGCUGGGGUUUGGAUGGUGACAGGAGCAACAGCGCUACAUAAAUUUGUUAUUUCCUUUUCUGUUGGUGUCGAGUUAAUUGCAAGCAGGGUUGGGAAUUUGAAAUACACAAUUAGUAUUUGUGUAUUUAGCUUUGCUCCGGCUGUAGGAGUUGGAAUAGGAAUAUUACUUACAGAAUUAAGCAAAAAUUCUUCUCUUGACGAACUUCCUCUACAAAUUAUGCAAGGAGUUGCCACCGGAACAGUUAUAUAUGUCGUCUUCAUGGAGAUUCUGCCAAAAGCAAAGUCUAUUGGAGGAACUGGGUUCCAGCACGUGACUUCAAUGAUUCUUGGAUUUGCAAUAUUUCUACCAUCUCUCUACUUUCGUAAGAUUAACGAAGAGCUUUCUUUAUAAAUGGCGGUUCACUUGAAAUUUCAUCUACAGUCUCUUUCAAGGAGAAAGGAUAAUAUUUUUAAAGCAUAUCUUUUUAAAUUUUUAACUUUUCUUAACCCUAUCCAUAUCCCUACUUGA